GGUGUGAGCGUAUAUCCCGCAGCCUGUCCUUCACUUAGACACUAUAUAAAGGUCAUAAUAGUACUGACAGUGUUGUUAUUAUCGCCUGUUGUGACAGAGGCGGGUCUAGGAUCGGGGCACACGUUGAUUGGACGUGACGACCCCCCUGUGCCACGAUGCUUCCGUUUUGUGCGUACGCGCAUGCGCAGCGACCCCUCUCUUCUGAUAUUUUAUUUACUCCCGAAACCCAAGAUGGCUCCUGUGAAUGUCUCGGUCCCAUAGCAAAUUGAGGAUGCAAGUAGCUGCCGUAAAAACAACUUUUCCCCGACCGUCACAUCCCCUGGAGUUCAAUUCGUAUGGUGCGGAGGAGGCCCUAACGUCCGUCUAGGCACCGAGCAGCCGUCGGGGCUUCGCGAAACCUUCUUCAAGCCUCCAAUUUGGAGUAGUUUCGCGAAGUAGCUCUUCUCCUCGCUGUCGCUGUCUGUCCGGAGCGAGGUUCAGGCAGGCAGCUCAUCCAAAUGGCCGAACCGAGAAAAGUGCAAUUUGUCACCCUCUCGGCCUUCGCAGCUGGAGCAGCCGCGGAGUCUAGGAAACGCCGGUUGGAGGAUGAGGCCGACUUCAACUUCGAUAGAGCCGGGGAGGUCGAGGCAGCGACCGGGGCAGGGGGAGCUGCCAGCAACGGUCGUCUCGACAAAACCGACGACGGGGACACGGCUGGAGCCGAGAAGAGGGCGACGGUGCGGCUCAACCUGUCCCUGCCCGAGCCUGACGACCGCUCCUCCGCCGAGUUUAAUUACGGAGAACUCAUCCAAAACCUCCAGGCAAAGAAUAAUCCUCCAAGUCUGACUUCAGCCCACAAUCCCAACGUCCCCUUCAAUGAUGACGAGAGAGUGCGGCUCCAGGUCGAGGCCCUGGCAAAAAAGUUUGAAAAUAAAUAUGCUAACACAGAGAAGAAGAAGAAGAAGGACAGAAUGCAAGAUUUGAUUGAUAUAGGCUUUGGCUACGACGAAACAGACCCCUUUAUCGACAACUCAGAAGCUUAUGAUGAGCUGGUUCCUGCCUCUUUGAACACAAAGCUGGGGGGAUUUUACAUCAACACUGGCACGCUGCAGUUCAGAACGGCCUCCGACUCCGAGGGAGAGGAGGGCAAGAAGCCGAACGACAACAAGGAGCAAGUGAUUAAGAAGAGGAAAAAGAAGGAAGUGGACAAUUUGGAAGAGAAGAACCUGAAGAAGAACAGAGUACCUAAACAAGGAGUGACAGCCCUCACCCUCCACCGGCCGGAGAAGAAGAAGAGAAAGAAGCUGAUGAAGGACUCUCUGUACCUGGCGGCCAUGCUCCGCCGCUUCACCCGGGAGAAGGAGGAUAUAAAGAAAAGAAACCCGAAUGUGGCUCACCCUGGACUGGCAGGAGGUGUGGCUAUAAAGCCCAACUCCAUCAACUCAACGAACAACCUGUUGGCCUCAAACUCAUCCCACCCGCAGGGCAACACCGCCAGCAACGACCUCUCACUGGCAGACCUCACCUCAGAUCCCGCUGUGAUGUCACUGCUGGGCUCGGCCAAUGAGAAGGAGCUGCAGGAUCUCCUAGGCGACCUGGACUUCACCCUGUUGGACUCUGACCAGCAGCACGCCAUGGCGGCGGCCAGGGAGAAUGGUAUUCUAGGAGUCGGUGUUCCAGGUCCUAAAGGAGCAGCAGCAGCAGCAGCAGCAGGAGGAGGUGGCCAAGGUCGAGGCCCGGGGUCUUCCAGCGGACUGUUUUCCCCGCCUCCGCUGCCUGAUGGACUGACUGCUCCUCUUAUUAAACGCAUCGAGGACUUGCGGGCGGCCUCGCGGCAGUUUGAUCAAGAGGGCAGGAAGAAAUUUUUCACCUUGGACAUGAAUAACAUUCUCCUGGACAUUGAGCUGCAGGUGCAGGAGCAGCCUCCGGAGGUGCGUCUAGGCAUCUACUCGCACAUGGAGGCAUUUGUGCCGUGCAACAAAGAAGCCCUCCUCAAACGCCUGAAGAAGCUCAGUCUCAACAUCCAGGAUGAUCAUCUACGGACGCCGCUGUUGAAGCUGAAGCUGGCGGUGUGUAGUGUGAUGCCAGAGCAGAUCGCCAAAUACAACAUGGACUGCAUGGCGAAGGUUGCAAAGCAGCAGUCAGGUGAGGGCGAUAAGAACGGCUCAGAGGAGGAAGAUGAGGAAAAGCCUGGGAAAAGGGUGAUGGGCCCGCGGAAGAAGUUUGUCUGGGAUGAAAAGCUCAGGAACCUGCUGUGCAGCUUGGUGCGAGUGAAGCUGAGCUGCUACGAGAUGGGGAACCAGUGCUCUCUGACUGUGGAGGACUACCUCAAGGUCUUCUUAGAGAAUGAGGUCAAACCACUAUGGCCCAAGGGCUGGAUGCAGGCCAGGAUUCUGCUCAAGGAGAGUCUUGCUGUUCACAGUCAUAUCACUGGAAACCUAGUGAAGAGGAGAAUGGUGCCUGGGCCCAGGGCCAAAGCCAAGGAGGGUCUUUGGAUCCACAAACCACCUCUCACCAUGACCUCCACCCCGUCUCUGCACACCUCUGCUCUGACCUCCAACCGCCAGCCCCCCUCCUCUUCCUCGCCACCGGAGCCCAUCUGUCUGUCUGACUCACUGGAUGAGGAUCUGACUGCUCCCUCUCUGGACUCCAUCUCCCACGCUCUGGCCCUCCUCAGCAAUGCAUCUAAGGGCCUGGGCCUCUCCGACAGCCCCUUGUCGCCCCCGCCCCUGCAAAUGCCCACCUCCUCUCCUCCCCCCGUCACCCUUCACUACCCCUCGGCCUCUCAGCUCUCUGCCUCGAUAGCAUCCACCACGCAGCAAUAUUCCCUGUCGAAGAUGGAGACCUCUUCGCUGGCAGCUGCUGGGAACUUGCCAACAACAACAACAACAACAACAAUAACGCUACCAACCGCCUCUUCUACCUCCUCGUCUCCCGCUGUUUCCUCCUUGGCUCGUGUGCAGGCAGCAGGUCUGUCGCUGGCCUCCAGGACUGCAGAUGUUCCCUACGGCCUGAUCAAAGGAUCUGUCACAAUGGGCCAAACCCAGACUCAGAGACUUCUUACCAUGGUAUCACCCAAUCACAGGCCAAGCUUGUUGAUGGGCGGGAGUGGCAAGAUGCAUCCACACCCGUCCCCCUCGCCUCCAAAGCAGCGGCCGCCUCCCACGGCUUCCCCUCUGCUGCCCCCUCAUCAGAAGGGCUUUGUCAGUCCGGUGGGGAUGCUGGGAGCUAUGGGAGGACUGGCCAAGAGCAAUGCCAAAACCAGCGGCAUCAGCAGCAACGGCAGCGUGAGCAGCAGCGGCACGCCUUCUUCCUCCCCCUCCUCACUGUCCCGCUCCAACUCCACCUCACACCUGCAGUCCUUCUGCCCUCCCUCCCCGGUGGUUUCCUCGCCGCCCCCCACCUCCCACAUCUCCCACUCCCCUCAAGGUAAAACCUACACACACCACCUUCACCAGGCCAACUUCAUCACGCCCAUGCAAGCCACGCUCACCAAGUCGUCCCACAGCAGCAACUCCUCUCCCAUCAUCAAGCUCACCCCUCGGCCUCCUGCGCCCACCCCACCUCCAUCUUCCUCCCCCUCCCCGUCAUCCUCGCCCUCGCCCUCACACCCGCUCUCCCAUCAUAUGAUCCCCAUCCAACAGCAACAACACCAGUACUCCCCCAAAACCCCCAAAACCCUUCGGCCCCCCUUCAGUGUAUCGGGCGGUGGGCAGGUGAAGCAGACGCAGGGUAACUUCAACUUCGCCAGAGGCCAGAAAGCUCAGUCCACCACGAGCAACAGUAGCAUCAUCAACAACAACUCUGUCAUCAACAAGGGAGUGAUAUCAUCUGUCUGCAGUCGCACAGACAAAACUCCCCUGUCCUCUGCGCCUUCAGUCUCAGCCAAUCACGUGCAGAGGCAGAGGGUGGUGGGCGGGGCAAAGGCAGGAAACGGUUGGGCCACUUUGGCCACGUCGUCCACAACGUCACACCUCCCACAGGUAUCCACAGCAAGCACUUCCCACCUGGGCAGCCCCUCCGCUCUGUCCCUGGGCUUCGGGAUGUUGGGCGGCCUGGUGCCCGUCUCGCUGCCCUUCCAGUUCCCCCCGCUGCUCAGUUUCAGCUCUCCUGGAGCUCCAGGGGUCGCUGGCAUGGGCUCAGCCCCCAGCUCCAACUCAGGAUACACCCUAGCACAGAGCAACCUAAUGGAUCUGUAUAAGAGUCUCCAGUCAGGGUCGCAGGCUGUCCUACCUCCUCACUUGCAACUUGCUUUCUCAGAUGCGAACCAAAGCCAGGGCGGAGACAUGAAGAGGAAAUCCCACUGACCAAUAACAGCGCAGGAGGUGGUCACCAGCCUGGUGACAUCACAGCCUCCUGGACACAUCCACCAAUAGGAACCUUCACUUUGAUUGACUGACUCAGUAAAGCUGUAUUUUAAAACGGACCUAAAGGAGAAUCAGUUUAUCCUCGCUACAAGUGGCAAUGAUAAAUUAAUUUAACUGUAUUUUCUAAUGAACCGGGUAUGAGAACAAGACGGAGUGAAUGACGAGAAUACUUUUAUUUUUGUUCUGCUUAUUUUUAUUUUUUUGUCAACAUGUUUACAUAAGACCGACCUUGAUCACUGUGGAAUGAGUGUGAGCGAGGUGGUGGUACAGAUGAGAGUAGUAGUACGCUACGUAAUAUAAUUUGUAUUUAAGCUUAUGUGGAAAAAAACAGAACUCUUGUUCUUGCAGUACAAAAAACAAAAAAAACAGACUGAGUAAUUUUUAUUUUUAUGUCUUUUUGCCUCCGAUGUGGGAAUCAUGUCCGUAGAAAUUUUAUUGUUGGUCACCUCUGCUCCCACAAAUGACUGUUAAGUAGUAGCUUAAAUUAAUAUUGAUAAGUUAUUUGUUAUUUACACAGGGACAAAAACAUGUUAUAGUGUCUGUGUGUGUGUGUGUGAGUGAGAGAGAGCGUGGUGAGGUUGAUUUGAAUGUGUAUGUACAGAAAAAAAUAACACAAUAUACUGUUUCUUUCCAGAUUAUUCUGUAUGAAUGGGUAAAGACGUGUAUCCACUUUUCACAAUAAUGAGCGAGUGUACGUUUGAUGCCCCUCUCCCGCUCAGUGUGUUUUUGGUGCUGUUUAAUCACACUGGACCUUUUCUGGAAAAAAGACUUGAAUUGAAAAAGUUUUGGAGCCGCCUGUGAGAGAGGGGACAAACGUCAAGAUUGUAGCCUACUUGAAUUGUUUUAGUUUUUUUUUUGUGAGUUAAGAUUUUUUUAUUUACUUUUUCUGCUUAUUGACUCGAACCAACUUAAUAUAACACAACGCCUUAGUUUGUAUUGAAAAAGUAUGAAAAAGAUCUAUGCAGGACUGUAAAACGCUCAAUGCAAAAGUGCAAGUCGUCGCUUGGCUUUCAACCUCUACUCAACUUGUCAGUGCAUUUCUGGAGUUGUGAAUGUUUGUAGAUGUUAUUGUUUCACUCGAGACCGUUUUCUGGUGUGUGUUCAGACAGAAGGACAUCUUUAGAAGCGUUUUGCAUAAAUGGCCUUUAUAGGCUAACGCUUUGCGCGUGGCUGCCAGUCAACAGAAGAAGUAUGGGUUGCCAACUGGAAACCAAACAAGUGCCAUUGCCAUCCAACCAAUCUACGGGAGAAAAUACAGACAGGUCUUCAGGAAUUUGUUUUAAUUCCUCUUCCAUGUCUUCAGAGAUGAAGACAAACUAAUGCACGAGCGAGGGAACAGCUGGGAAGCGGGAAAAUGUUUUUGCUCAAAUUUUUCUGAUACAAAAUGCACAUAAAAUACGUUUAUUGUUUAAACUGUUAUUCCAAGCAGCACAUUGAGAACAAAACAUUUUAAAUAGAUUAUAUCUCCCUUCUGGUAAAAAGAAAAAGUAAAAUUUCAGUAUUAACACUAAUACAAUCGAUUCCGUGCAUUUUCAACGAGCUAAUGAAACAUCUAGGUUCACGUGUUAGUGAACUGUUACACGUGCAUAACACAGCAAAAUAAGCUAAUUUAGCCUGUUUUUAUAUGGUGCGGCUAUAACUCUGUACAACGGGUGUUUUAUCUAAUGUAGCACCUGGGGUUUUAUGAAUCUACAAGAGAGAAAAGUUUCUGCUGAGGUCGAGCUCAUCCCCACUCCCGGUUGGUGCGACUUGCUAGCUAGCUAGCUAACUUUGGCUGUAUUAGGAAAAAACACGAACGCUAAGGCUGAAGUUCACUUUGCCGUCUGUCUGAACACACCUGUAGAAACACCUUCCCUCUGCUGAAUACCUCCGUUAACAAAACUGUUCUUCCUUAGCCUCUCGCUGUCCUCGCCUGACUAGUUCCUCUCCACGUGUGUCUGACUGACCGGCUGCACCGAGAACGGCGCCAAAGAUUGUUCUGUAGCUCACUUUUUAGAUGGGGUGUUGCUGGUCUGUGUGUGUGUGUGUGUGUGUGUGUGUACACGUGUGUGAGAGUGAUUAUUCUGACAUCUCCCCCCAAAAUGUAAACCCAUGAGUGUCAACGUGUGGUCCUUCAUGUUAUUGUGAAGUCAUGUGUCUGGAGCAGUGGGUGACAUCUUAUAACUUGUGCUUUCUUUGGGGGUUGGAAAGGAUACAAAUUGCAUUUUGUGGUUAACUGGUUACUUAAUUUGGUCUUUUGUAGAUUAUUUUUGUGUGUCAAUUAUGAAAUUAAACAAAACAGGUGGUUUUAAUGACUCUUAUUGUGUCUUUCUCCAUCUUUAAAGCUGGGGUAGGCAGUUCUCAAAAGUGCAAAAAUAAACAGGAUUUGAAAACGCAGCCAA